CCUCGCGCUCCCUAAAGGAGUUUGCGGAGACCCGGACUCCCUCAUUCCGGCUGUGCUGCCGCCGUCCUCUGCCCUCCGCCAGCCCCUGCCCGCGGCUCCGCACGGCCGCGGGGCAGCGCCAUGGGCGCCGGCAGUUCCGCCGAGCCGCCUGCCCCUCAGGACGGAGCCGGGGCCGCCACCGAGCCCCCCGGCACCCCCCCUGAGCCGCUGCAGGCAGAAGAGGCGGCGCGGGCGCCCCAGGCGCCAGCGGAGCCCGCCAAGGUUUUAGAUGCAAGUUUACCAGUACCUGAUGUUAAUGAAGACAAUUUGAAGCAUGAUGCUGCACCACAGGAAACACAACAGCCAGGAGCUGUUACAGCACCUCAGGAGCUGGAUGGACAGCAGCCGCAGCCAGAGGUGGCUUCACCCCUUCAAGAAUCACCCAGAGAACAAGCAGAGGCUGCUGGAACAAAUGUUGGAGAAACAGAACAUUCCAGUGCAACCUUGAAGGAAGCCACUGAAACUAUGGAGACAAGUCCAUCUGAUUCAAGCACCAAGGAUGGUGUGGAUGCUGAGGAAGAGGAUGCUCAUACAGUGAAACAGUUGCCAUCUGCGGAAGAAGAUGCAGAAGACAAUGCAUCUGAGCCACAGUCUUAUGAUCUGGGUUUUAAGAAGGUUUUUAAAUUUGUUGGGUUCAGAUUCACAGUGAAGAAGGAAAAGACAGGAAAAUCUGAACCAGUUCAACUACUUACUGUGAAAAAGGAAGCCUCAGUCUCUGAAGGAGCUGAUGAUCAAAAAGAAGUUAGCUCGGAAGAAACAGCAGUGCCUGAGGAUGCACCAUCUACAGAAGACACCACCAAAGACACACCGCCAAAUGAAACGACAGAAGCCGAACCUCCUAAAACACCAGAAGCAAAUGAGAUUUCUUCUCAGUCAGCUGCCUUAGCCAGUGAUACUGCAUCGCCAUUAAGAAAAUUUUUUACUCAGGGAUGGACUGGCCUUAGAAAAAAGAAGAGUUUUAAGAAGCCUAAAGAUGAUGAAUUACAGGCUCCUGCAAAAGAAGAGGAGCAACAAAAAGAGGGAGCAAUACUAACAACUGACACCAGUGAAAAGGAGGAGAAAUCUGAGUCUGAGAAGCAAGAUGAAGCAGGGAAUGUGACAGCAGUAACUAUUGAAGCACAUGAGAAGGAGCAAACUGAAGGAGAAAAGCAGGAGUCAGAAAAGACUCUGACAGAUGCAGGAGUGGAAGCAGGUGAGAAGGAUGAGCUAAUCAAGCAUGAUCACCAGGGACAGAAAGAGGAUGUGGCAGCAACAGAAAAGAAAAAAUCUGAAGAUAGUCAAGAAAGGAAAAUGGUGGAAGUCUCAGGUGAUCUUGGUAGAAAGGAAGAAAAAAAGGAAGAAGGAGAGAGAGAAAGUGAGGAGACAGAAAACCCACAAGAAGCAGGGUCAGUGGCCACAGACCUUGUCACAGGCAGUGUGAAUGGAGAAUUGAAAAGAUCCUCAGAAGCCCUGCCUGUGGGAGAAGAAAAAUGGGAAUCAACGGAGAAGUGUGAAAUAGAUGACAAAACAGAAAUAGCCUCUGAAGAGGCAAUUGACAUUUCAAGUGAACAGCUUCAAAAAUCUGAAGGGAAAGAAAGAAGUAAAUUUGAUGAAAAGACAGAGAAAGCUGAACUGACAGUGUCACCCUCAGCAGAAGACAUUAGGGAAGGAGAAGCUCUGGAGAGAAGCCCAGAGAAGAAAGCGAGCCAAGAAUGUGAGACUAAGCUGACUCUGGGUGCUCCUGGAUGUUCUGUUGAUACAGAGGAUGAUCAACAGUUGAUCAAACCCACUGAUGAAGGGCUGCAGGCUAAGACUGACAUGACUGAUACUAACAAACCAGAUGAAAUAACCACAGAAAUGACUCCCGAAGAAGCAGCUGGAAAAAGGCCUCCAGAAGGUAUCACAAAUGAAGUUGAACUGCUCUCUUCUCAAGAGAAAACUAAAGUACAAGGCAGCCCCUUAAAGAAACUUUUUACGGGUACUGGGUUAAAAAAACUGUCUGGAAAGAAGCAUAAAAGCAAAAGAGAGGAGUCCAAAUUAGGGGAACAGGGUGAACCGAGUCAGCACUCAGCAGAUUCACCAGAUAGCCCAGAGGAACAAAAGGGAGAGAGUUCAGCUUCAUCUCCUGAGGAGCUGAAUGAGAUCCCUGCUUUGGAAAAACCUGUAGAUGGAACGCAGGUGACUGAAAAUGAAGAUGCUGCCAUUUCAGAUGUGGAGCGAAAAAGAGAAAGUGUUACACCCUGGGCAUCAUUUAAAAAGAUGGUGACUCCCAAGAAACGUGUCAGGCGGCCUUCUGAGAGUGAUAAAGAAGAAGAAAUUGAUAAGACAAAGAGCGCUGCAGUGUCUGCAACUGAAAGUACUAUUGAUGAAAGUCGCGGAGAAUUGAAAGAAAAUGGGGUGGACCAGAAACCAGAGAAAACCACAGAAGAACCCAAAAGAAAGGUUGACACCUCUGUGUCCUGGGAAGCUUUUAUAUGUGUAGGCUCUUCCAAGAAACGAGCUAGAAAAUCAUCAUCAUCUGAUGAAGAAACUGAUUCUAAGCUUGGUCAUGAAAGCCAACAAAUGGAAGAUUCUGGUCAGAGCAAAGAAAGGGCAACAGAUGCAGUGCUUGCUAGUUCUCAGGAAAGCGAUCAAGGACAAGGGAGUUCUUCACCAGAACAAGCUGGAAGCCCUUCUGAAGGUGAAGGUAUUUCAACCUGGGAAUCAUUUAAACGGUUAGUCACUCCAAGAAGGAGAUCCAGAAGCAGAAUGGAAGAGAGAACUGAAGACUCAGUUGUGGGAUCUAGCCUGGAGCAUUCAACAUCAGAUGGUGAACCUGGAAAAGAUGAGUCAUGGGUUCCAUUUCGAAAACUGAUUCCCGGGCGUAGGAAGAAGAAGUCAGAUGGAAAAGCAGAAGCAACUCUUAAACAAGCAAGAGAAGACAUGGCAGAAGCAACUGAAGAAGAUUCAGAUAUUCCAGCUGUUGUCCCUUUAUCUGAAUACGAAGCAGCAGAGCAGGAGAAAAUUGAAGCUCAACAAGCAAAAGAUGCUGAAGCUAUGAGAGAACAAACCUCAGACAAAGAGAAAGCCCAGAAAUUUGGGGAGACCCUAGGAACUGAGCAAGAACCUGAAGGGCUGGUACAUGCAGUUACUGUUACUGUUGUGGAAGGGGAAAGAGCAGUUACUAGCAUGGAAGAAAGAUCACCAUCUUGGAUAUCUGCUGCUCUGACAGAGUGCAUUGAGCAGGCAAAAGAAGAGGAAGAGAAAGAAACUGAGAAACCAUUUGGAUCAGAUGUUCUUGCGGAAGAAGUAGUGGUAGCUGCUAAAACAGCACCAGAGACAAGACAAGAUGUAAGUGAUGACACCACAGCAAGUGAGCCAGAGCUAACCUUGGAAGCAGUGACAGCUCUUGAAGAGACAGCAGAAGCUUCCUGCACUGAAGAAACAAUGGAAGUGUCCCUUGCUGAGGAGACAACUGAGAUGGUUUCUGCUGUUUCCCAGUUGUUAGAAACCCCAGCUACUACAGAGGAAGUUACACCUGUACAAGAAGUAGAGGCCACUGAACAAAAUUUGAAAGAAUUAGACAAACAGACACAGAAAGUUCUUUACGAAGUUGCUGAAAGAGUCAAGUCAGCAGAUGCAGCACAGCUGGUUGGUGAAAGAGCCAUGACAGCAACUCAAAUUAAAGCAGUACAAGGAAUUGAGUCAGAGGUGAAAGAUGAUGCUAGAGAUGGGAAUGUUGCAGGCCAGGAACUAGUUGUGCUUGAACAGUCCUUGGAAGAUGGAGAGAACAAGGAGGAUGGCCUCCAGCCCCAGGGAAGUGCAGAGAGCAUUCAGAGCCAAAAUGAAGUUGAAGAGAGUGUUCUACACCAGGGUUCAGAGAGAAGUGAAAUGUCUGCUGCAGUGCAAGGAAGCAGCAAAGGACAUGGAAAUGUAGAUGUAUGGAGAGAUGAGAGCCAGCAGCAGGCAUGUGGCGAAGUAGUUGUAGAAGACCAUGAAGCACUAUCUGAAGUGCAGGAGGCAGCAGAGGAACCUUCAUCACAUAACAGAACAUUUCACAGCAUCCAAGCAGGCACUGCCAAGGAAGAGCUGUUUGCACAGCAGGAGCCUUCAGAAGAAGAGAAACUGCCUAUAAUGGAGUUGACAGUAGACAACGCAAGAAAUGAAUGUAUUCCAGAAGUACAGGCUGCAGUACAGGACAAGACAGAGGGUGAAACCCCAUCCUUGGGUCUUACUGCUGAAGAGCCUGUGCAGCUGGAAGGAGAGGGCGAAACCCUCACUGUGGGACCAGAGUGCACAGAGGCGGUUGUCACUAUGGUCCCUGUCAAACCUGAGAGACAAGAUGAAAUUCCUGACUUAGACUCACAAGAGCAAACUUGUACUAAAGGAGCUCCUAGCAAGGAACCUGCCCAGAGAGAGGAAGCUAAUGACAGCAUCAUAGUCCUUGGAGUGAAAACCACAGAAGUCACUGUAACUGAGGCUCUACUGCAGAAUGAGGUCAAAACAUCUGCCCUUCUUUCAGAAACCAUUGGCUCAGAAGCAGCUGCAAAUGCUGAGCAGAGUGUGAGGGAUGGGGCUGGCACGCUUAUUACAGCAAAAGAUUCUGUGCCCCUUCUAGAGCCACAAUGCAGAGAAAGAACAACAGAAACCCCCUCCCAGAGUGAUGAAACUGAAGGUAGUAAAAUGGAAGAUGCUAGUUUCAACAAUGAAACACACUUACAGAGUGACACCACUGCCACUAAGGCUCCCACACAGAUGGAAGCAGACAAUGUAUUUGAUUUAGCAUUAGGAUGCCCAGAUAUUACUCAAAAUGGAAGCACUGUCUUCACUGACAUAAGUGCUAAGAAAUGUGAAAUACCAAGCAGCUUAGCCGAGGAAGAGACUAUGGAACAAGUACAAGAAAUUGUAGAAACCUCAAACCAUCAAGACUUUGAGAAAGAAGAUAACAAAAAUGAGCAGCUGAUGGAAAGAGCCAAAGAAAUGUUUGAGUCUGGAAAAUUGGAAGCUGUGAGAAGUGAUGAAUUUUCAGCUGAUGUCCAGCAGGAGGUUUCAAGUAUGCAAGAGGAAGUUUCUGACUCAAGCUUUCCUCAACAGGAAAACUUGGAGACUCUGAAAGUGCCUGCAGCAGGUGAAGAACAUGUCAUGGCAGGAGAGGUAAUACCCGUAGACAUGACAGCCAAAACCAUACAGCCCUGGGCAACCACAGCAGAACAAAUGGCUUCUGAAGAGGUCUCCAUUACUACUUUAGGCUAUGGCACUGCAGAGCUUCAAGUAACUCCUGCUUCCAUGAAUGGAAUAUCAGAGGAGCAAGAGAUGGCCCAGAGUAUAGAACAACCCAAACAAAAUGGUAUUCUUCUGAGUGACAGUCUGCCUGUCACCCAUACAGAAUUUGAGAAGGAUGUUGUUCAGUCUUUGACUAUAGAAUCCCAGAGUACGAAAAUUGUACUGAACGCCAUCCAGACGGCUGUUCACAAACUUGCAGAAACAGAAGAGUCAGCUGCCUUUGAGUCAGAGCAGCACAUGAAGGCCAUGGAUGAAAUCCCAUCAGAUGUAAAUAAACCUGGACUCCUGGGAAGUACGCAGGCAGAUCAUCUACUUCCAGUAAAAGAGGAAGAGAUACGGAGUCAAGAACAGGAGCUCCAGCAAUCAGGAGUAGCGAAAACUGCUACCUUAGCAGAGUCUGCAGAAAUUCAUGGAACUGAGAUAGUGUUAACUUCUGAGAUGCUGAAAGAUGGACCGAGUCAGACUUCUUUAACAAUUGUGAAUAGCCCUGAAGACAUUUCAAAGGAAAACAUGAGACUUCAGAAAUCAACACUAGAACUGACUACUGCAGCAAAUUCAACCAAAGACCCCCUAGAUGUAUACUCACCAGAAUUAAGAGAAAAAGAAGUUGGACAGGUUAUGGAAAUUCCAGGCCAAGAUGCUGGUCAGCAAACAGAGAGGGAAAGUGAGGACAAACAACAUCAUCUGCCAGUGGAAGAUGGGAAAACACAGGCAUGGGAGGAUGAUACUUGCGAAGGAGCACCUUGUGAUAGUCCACAAAGUCAGAGCCUGGUGGCUUCUGAGGCCUUGAAUAUGUACUAAGCACCCAUGUGGCAUUUGGAGAGAUGCCAGUCCUAGAGAUCAACUGACAAUCCUGUGACAGAGCCAGGAGCUUUAUUCACUACCCUUUAUUCUUGGAUGUUAACACCUGUUCUUUUGAAGACCACCUUUUUGUCAUUUCUAUUAAAUAAACAAUGCUUUUAGUGUUGGCUAAUAUACAUAUGAGUGUUCCAUUCAAAAGUCAUCUGCCUCCGCCCAAAAUAGACCAUUUAGACUGGAAUGUACAACUGAGUGAAUGGGCAGGCCACAAAAAUUUUUGCCACUGUUAUUACUGUCCCCUCACUUAAUGUGAUGUCUAUGCCAUCUCCUGGAAUUCCUUCACUCAUCCCUGAAUCUCCCUCCCUUCUUUCUGCAGUCUCCCUUACCCCCAUCAACUUCUGUAGCUGCCUUGAGUUGACCUACAAGUGUCUGUAGGUGCUGCUCGACUUGUGUGUGAGGUAGAAGGGCAGACUGAUGAGAACACAUGAGACUUCUGACCCAGUAGCAGAGGCGCCUUUACCAAACAGCAGGAACUGGACCAUGCACAAAUUCUUGAGCAAGGUGCUCAGGAUUGCUGCCUUUCAGUCUCCUUCAGGUAUCUCCAUCCUUCUGUUGUGUUUGUGAAGGUCUGAUUUAGUCAGAAAUUACUUCUGCAGCAUAGCUUCAAAUGAGGUUGAGAACACACUUUUGUUCCAGACUUCAGGUCUCAGGACUGGAUUGUAAUGUGUUGAAUAUUUAUAUGUUUGUCUUAAACACAGUUCUGAUUUUAAUAUAGAGCUAUGAUACUUAUGUGCUAUUUAGGCAUACCCUUAAAUGAAUUUGGUAGAGAGGAAAUUGAUACCGUCAGAGCAGAAAUUGUUAACAUGUAGUUUACUAUUUAUUGUUCCAGGUUCUCCCCCUUGUAAAAUCUCUCCAAAACUUGGCUGUCUUGCAUUGAAUAUUUAUAUGCGUAUCCUAAACCCAGUUCUGAUUUUAAUGUAGAACUACAAUACUUCUAAAGACAAAAGGAGAGACCUGGCCUGUGUUGGAUCCACCAAUCCCUUCUACUUGCAGUCCUCCCUGGUUUCCGAGAACCCUCUAGCCUUGCCAUUUCCCUGUCAUCUUGCUCAUGUAGCAACCCUGGUGGUACUACAACCCUCCAACCCUCUCACAGAAUCAUAGAAUAGUUUGGGUUGGAAUGGACCUCUGCUCAUUUCUGGUCAUUGCCCCAUCCAGCCCCAAGCCUUUUCCCACAAUAACACUGUCUAACAUCCUUCCUGCAUACAAGCUUCAUCCUUUCUCAGGCCCUGCCAGAAUCUCUUUCCUGCCACAGCAUCUCCUGAAAUCUUCACCAAUUCUAUCAAUUCCCUGUCUUCACUGAUGGGAGGAGUAAGAAGGAGUAAGGGCUCAGUGAUGAAUUUUGCCUUGGAUUGCAAAAACCUUUUAAGAUCUGUAGAGCUGUAGACCAAAAUGAGCAGGGUGAUUCAAAGAUGGGAAGAGGCCCCAAGACCAAUAUUCCUGGGAUGCCUGUCCCCAACAGGAGUUGGUCCUCUCUUUUGCUGUUUACAUUAAAAUCGAACAGAGUGUACAAGUCAGUACUUUCAGCCCUGAUUUCUAAAAUGAAGCUUAUGGAUCGCACUUUGUGAAACUCAUGCCCAUCAAGUUGAAAAACAGCUCGGUAUCCUACCUACAUAGCAAUUUAUUUUAAAAUCAACUUACAGUGUAAAAUGCUUGUUAUGGCAGGUGCUUGCCACUCAAGGCUGCACAUACAGCAAGCAAUGUGACUGGAGCAGUUGUAUCAUCCGGUGCUACCCCAUGUGGAAGCAUCAAAAGAUUUUUCCUUACCUCAGAGGAAAUGACACAAAGCCAAACAAUGUGGUUUCAAACAAUCCAGGCUAUCUCUCCAUUGUUACUGGCAAUGUUCCCCUUUAGCUUUGGGCAAUUCCAACAACCUCGGUUGAAUUGGCUUGCAAGUUAAUCAUGCUCUUAAUAACACCUCACAAGUGCAAACUUGGCUGAAUUAGUACAAAUUGUAUACCUAUGUACGUUAAGCCAUAUUGCAAUAACUGCAGCAGGUAAAAUGAAAUAACAGCAUGACCUGAGUAAUCUUGACUCUUACAUUUGUAGCUCCAAAGCUGUUAAUAAUAUGUAAAGUUAAUUCUUGUUUGAACCUCAUUUAAAUAAAGCUAGCUUUACCACAAUGUAAACUGUCUGCUGGUAGUGAUUGGACAGGCAAGUGCUUUAACUUGUCUGUUUUCUCCACUAAUCCAGGGCUUAGGUAAGCAAUGUAGUAGAUUUAAAUAUAGACCAAAUAUAACAGCUUCUUCUUAUAGUUGACACCAAAAAGAAUACUGCUCCCAAACUCAGAAAUGGUGCAGUGAGCAUGUCUCCACCUGAAGAUAGUUCUUUGUUCCAAUGUAUUGCUUUGGCCUCUGAAACUCCCAUUUGAGACUGUGAAUUCUGGCUUGUCUUAAAAGCUCAAAGGUUUCUCUAAUCCAGUGUAUUGGGUUGCCCAAUUGGAAUUUGUGGUUUUUAUGGUAGAUUUUCAUUGGUUAAAUAAAAUACAACUAC